AUGGCGAUCGAAGUUUACGGAAAAGAAGUGUUGAUGACGCUUCAAGAAGCAGCCGAAAAACUUCAAGGAUCGAUUAAAAAUAUUAAUGCAUCGGUUUUAAUGGCAAAAAGAAAUAUGUCUUAUUCAGCAAACGGUUUGACUGUUGAUGAGGCAGCAGCGAUUUAUCUUUAUACUAUCGAGCAUAAGAAAGCUGAUCGAAAUGUUUCUUUUCAACUAAACAGAAUACUUCGCUCUACUGAACGAAGUGAACUAAUUACUUGGCUUCCGUAUCUCCAGCUCUUACUUAAUACUUUGAAAAAAUUGCCAUCAAUGAGCGGUAAAAUUUGGCGCUUCGCUCCAGGCAAUCUGAUGGAUUCUUAUCAAACUGAUUGUGUCUGGUCUGGGUUUAGUUCGUGCACAAAAAGCUUAUCAGUAGUAAAAGGUUUAUUAAAUAAAUCCGAUGUCUAUACUAUAUUUCAAAUUGAGUGUGUCAAUGGCAAAGAGAUUCAAAAUUAUUCCAGUCGACCAGACGAAGAUGAAGUUUUGUUGUUGCCUAGUACAUAUUUACGAGUAAAAGAUAAAAAAAGGUUAAAAAAUGGAUCAUAUUUAGUUGUUUUACAAGAAAGAGAUUCUCAACAUCUACAUUCAACUGAAACUUUUGGAUUUUCAUCAUCGAUGCUUGAAAUCAACAGAACAGAUCAAGGCUUUACAGCGUCUGAAAUUCAAGCAAAUAAUCAACCAAAAUACAAACGUUGGCUUGAUUGUCAAUUUCAUCAGAAUAGUGGAAAAUCAAUAAUGACUCCUAAAGAUCUUCAAACUAUAAUGCAAGAUCCUCCUGGAAAUAUCGACAACGCCAUAUUGAACUGUGUCCAAGGAUCAAUGAUUGGUAUGGCUUUGGGAGAUGCGCUUGGUGCUCAUGCAGAAUUUCGACCUCGACAAUAUAUGAUGGAACAUCCAGUGCGAGACCUUGAAGGAGGAGGAACAUGGGGUCUUGCAAAAGGACAAUUUACAGACGACACUUCUAUGGCUCUUUGUCUAGCAAAUUCUUUGGUGUCUUGUGGCGACUUUAUUCCUUAUGACCAGUUAGUUCGAUAUAAGUGGUGGUACAGAAGUGGCUAUAUGUCGUCGACUGGGCAAUGCUUCGAUAUUGGUAUGGCGACUCGUCAGUCGUUGCAUGAAUUUGAACGUCGUCAACAGCGAUUUUCUAGAGAACAUGAUAUUUCUAUUCGACAAAUAGACUUUCUCUCAGACCCAGAACUUCUUACAAUAUUCAAGGUAGAUUGCAGCGAAGAUGGCGUAGCAGGUAACGGAGCGUUAAUGCGACUGGCGCCUGUACCGCUCUUCUUUCAUAAAUAUCCUUCUUAUGCUGUCGAAUUUUCCGGUAUUAGCGGUAUUAUUACUCAUGGUGAUCUGAAAGCCUAUGACGCUUGUCGCUAUUAUGGUGCUUUAAUCGUAGCUGCUUUGCGAGGCGAAACAAAAGAGCAAUUGUUGAGUAAUAGCUUUUAUUAUAACCAUGCAACUUGGUUCAACAAUAAACUACUCGUUCCAGAAGUCAUGGCAAUCGCUAAAGGAUCAUAUAAGAAAAAAGGCGGAUAUAAUGAAGGUAUUCGAGGAAAAGGAUACAUUGUUAAUGCGCUGGAAGCUGCUCUAUGGGCUUUCUGGUGUGACGAAAAUUCAUUUGAAAUAGGUGCUCUCAAUGCAGUCAAUCUUGGCGAUGACACUGACACAACUGCUGCUAUUUAUGGCCAACUUGCUGGUGCUUAUUACGGUUAUAAAAAUCUACCAAAAAAAUGGGUCAAACACGUAUAUGCUCUCAGUUUUAUUGAAUGUUUAUGCAAGUGGAUUGUUUAUGAAGGGCAGAUGUGGCAACCAAAGUCUCAUGCUUUGAAUUCUCUCGAAUCGAAGUCUAGAUCUAAUUCUGAUGUUCUGAUGGCUGCUCAAUCUAAAUAUAUUUCGAACUCGGUUCCAAAUAUGAAUCAAGAAUUUACACAAACACCAACUAACUCAGAGAAUCAAUUAGUCUCUAAGCUAUCAAGAUCAUCGGUAAAAAGCGCGUACUCCACAACACAGGACAUUUAUGAAAAAGCUUCAACAACUCAGUCAAAUGUGAGACCAAAAUCUAUCGCAAAGCCAGUACAAAUUAGUCACAAUGAUAUGAUACGAACUGAUUAUUAUGGAGCAGCAGGAUUGGGACAUAAUCAUGUUCAAUCAACUCACGAGACAAACAAUGGUCUUUACGGAAGAUACCACGUUCGACAUACAGACCAGAGUUGA